AAUAUUAAGAUGAGCUAGAGGGGAUCAAAGGAAAUUCAAUUCAUUCAGUUUGACUUGAUUCUUAGGAUUAAAUUCUCACAUCUUUAAAGAAUGGAUAAGCAUAGAAACAGAAAUUAGUUAUUAACUAAAAUAAUGAACAUAUAUGUGAUUCAUUAUUAACAUUAUUAUCCAAAGGGAAUGAGUGAGAAUUAAUGUAUAUUCUGACUAAUCAUAUACUUGUGGUGAUCUUUGAAAGAUAUGGCAGAGAAAAAUCUAAUAACAUAAUGCUAAGAUUUAAUUAAUUAAGAUUAUUUGAAUUGGUAAUUCUAGGAAGUAUUAAUAUUUACGACAAUCAUACUAUGAGUCUCAAUAAAAAGAAUUAUAGAUCCUUCAAUGGUAAAUUUUCUAGCCAUUUAACCAAGAGACUUAAAUUACUAUAGUCCUUCGCUUAUUGGAUAAGUAAAUAAUAUGAAAAUGAAAAUUCUUAGAUAAAGAAUGACUGA